AUGGCGAUAUAUCUGUUUAAGGCCGAUCUAACGGACAAAAAGCCUUCACACCAUGGGGACCGCACGGUUCUCUGCCGAAGCGCUUGGAGCACCUCUGCAUAUCCUGUUAGUAUCGCGUCGAAGCUCAAAGACAUCACACUGAAAUCAAGGACUACUCACAGCCAGCAAUUGAGUCUGUUAUGUGUGUCUAGCUUUGUUAAGCAGAAACUAGCGAGGCCAGAUUAUGAAGUGCAGAGGUCCCCAGGCUCUGAACCGUUUAAUCCGAUCACGCACAAUUUAAAUUUUCGACGUCCGACAAGUUUUUCUCUUCGUCCCCACAACAUUUUUCGCUGGUUUAUAAAAGGCUGCGAUACUCACCUUCAUGAUCAGAAAUUGAAUGGGUUCAAGAAAGUAACCAUGUGCACUGCCGAAAUUACAUGGUUGCUGGACAACCUUCGGAGCCUGAGCCGCGUCUCAAAAAAUCCCAGAUUUAGAAUAGAUGGGGCAAACGAACAGGAGCAGCAAAACUACAGCGAGAAGAUAACAAUUUGUCAGUAUGAGCUAGUUUGGAGUUCGACAAAGCACAACACUGAUUUUUAG